GAAAUUCAUCAGGGCCCGGCAGCGGCGGCGAGAUCUGGCAAGCGCGGGCCGCCCCUGGCGGCCUCACCUCCUGAGCCGCAUGAAGAGGCGGCGGCGCAGGCCCCCGGAGGCCCUGGCCCCGGCCACCUGGGGAGGAGCCUCUAGCGCUGCAGUAAGGGCCGCACUGGAGGCGCCUGAGGAGAAGGUGGUGUACACGCGGUGGCAACCGUCGCCACUGUCGCUGGCCAACAGCAGCAAGGCGCUGAUCGACGCUUUCAAGCUAUUCGUGCCCGGCAGCACGGAGUUCAUGAGCUCAGACGCGGAGCUCUGGAGCUACCUCUGCAGCCUCAGGCACCAGUUCUCCCCCCGCAUCCUGCGCAGCAAGGACGUCUAUGGUUACUCCUCCCUCCUGGCCCAGGUUCCGGACCCCUGGCACCAGCCACCCGAGGCCCGCCUCCAGACGCGCCGGCGAGCUGCCAGGAGGAGGCGCCACGGAGCCCGGAAGGUCGCCGCCGGCCAGAGGAAGGUGCCGCCCCCGCCGCCGCCGUCCCGCGAGGACAGCAGCCCUCGCAAGCCCACGGCCCCCGGGCCCAGCUCCGGGGGCCGCACCCUGGAGGAGAGUGGGAGGGCAGCCACCCCAACGCUGACCACCUCGCCCAGCAUCCGCGUAGUCGGCAACGUGUGGGUCGAGAGCAGCGUGGCAGAAGCGCGGCGCCAAGCGCGCCAAGUCCUGGGAGUGAACCUGGAACCCGUGGUGAGACUCCGCCGCGUCCCAGUGCCUGGGC